AUGACGCAACCGACGCCCCUCGUUGCCGGAGCCGCUAACGACCUCGCGGUAAUCGGUUUGUCGUCGCGAAUACCGCAGUUUUGGGCGGACAUGCCCAAACUAUGGUUUCUGCAAUUCGAAGCAGUAAUGGGACCGCAACAUCAGGCCGACACGGUAAAGUACGAUAUGGUUUUGAGUAAGCUUGGGAAAGAAGAGCUCAGCCAGGUGGGAGACAUCAUCGGGAACCCGCCGGAACAGCAGCGUUAUGUGGCCCUAAAAAACAGAUUGCUCAAAGUGUUCCAGGCCAGUGCCGAAGAACAGUUCCAUAAACUGGUUUCGGAGAUGGAUCUUGGACAGCAGCGGCCAUCCCAGCUGCUUACAAAGAUGAAUGAGCUUGCAAGGAAUUCAGGAGCUGCAGGUGACACAGUGAAGAACCUCUGGUUGUCACGCUUACCACCAUGGGUUCGAGCGAUUUUAGCGGCAAAUAAAGCGGACACCAAACUAGACGACCUCGCGGAGAUGGCAGACAAAAUCAUGAACAACCUCCGCAGUGGAGAGAUUACAGCCGUCGACACGGGCGCAGCAUCCACGCCAGCGGCAGCAGAGGUAAACAGCGAACUGGUGACGCAGCUCAGGGACAUGAAGCUGGAGCUAAAAAACCUGCGGCAGGAAAUUAACAGCAUCGGUGAUCGACGCCAGCAGUACCAGCGAUCCCGCCGACCCUGGAGGCGCGAUCGCUCGCGAUCGCAUAGCAGAUCUAGCACGCCGCGACGUACACCACGCAGCCCAGACUGGUUGUGCCGGUACCAUUUCCGGUUCAGGGAAGCAGCACGGCGAUGCGAGUCUCCGUGCAUUUGGAAAACCAGUGAGUCGGAAAACUAG